CUUCAAAACUGUAUCUUGGUUUUCUUUUUAAAAAAAGCUAGUUUUCUUGCAUUAGAACGCAGAAGUCAAACGUGAGAUGAAUGCUUGGGGAAUCCAAACACCGGAGAAGAAGCGUGGAAUCUUCCAUGCUACCUGUUGCUGUUCUUCCUUACCUUCCCUCCCAAUAAACCCCUUUUCCUCCUCUUCAAUUCUCGCAAACCAAACACUGCCUCUCCGAUUCUCUUGUCCUAAUGAAGUUUCUUCCUCUUCGUUUUUCCUUUCUUUUUGCCUUCCUAAUCGCGUUCAGCCUCGUCCAAACCUCAGCAACAACGCUUCCCAAACAUCACAAGAAUGAAGAAAGCGAUGGGCAUAGUAGACUUCAUCGACCCUCUUCACGAUCCCUUCUGUCUUUUCCACUUAGGGUUGCAAGGACGGCACUGGUUGUGACCCUAGAUGGGACUAUGUAUUUGGUGGACAACUCUCCUGGUUCCAUGAAGGUGAUAUGGUCAUUCUCUACAGGAUCGCCCAUCUACCAAUCGUACAGAGCUCCCGUAGAACGGGAUACUGAUAAAGAAAAUGCAUCUGCAACACUAAUUAGUGGAUUCGUGGAAUGUGGGGAUGACUGGUCAUUGUACAUGCACGACAGACACUUUGGUAAAAUGAGAAUAUCAGAAUCUAUAGCAGAAUAUGUAGCUCGUACUCCUACCCUUUCAGAUGAUGGAGCAGUGACACUUGGAUCUAAAAGAAGCACUUUGUUUGAAGUUGAUGCUAAAACUGGAUCAAUCAUUCAAGUCCAUGCGAUGCCUGAUCCUGUUAAACCUUGGAGUGAUGGGAGGCAAAAUGUUACAAAUAGGGAUCUUGCUGAUCCUGUGAAACUAAAUUCACCACAGCUGCUGCUUAAGAUUUUUAGGACAGAUUAUUCCCUUCAAUCUGUUAGUCCGAGCUCAGAAAUAGUUUUGUGGACUAUGGCAUUAGCUGAAUUUCAGGCUGUAUUAUUAUGCCAACAUUCCUCUUCUGAUAUAGAGGAUGAAUAUGUUUCUGAUAGUGGCCUCAAUUUCACCAUGCCAUACCCCUGUCAAGAGAUACGACAAGUCUUCCGCCUGAAAAAGAAUUUUCUAUUUGAACCUUCACUAAUGCUUCCUUUGCAGCCAAAUAUUGAUAGAUUAUUCAAUAGUGACAAUGAUAAUACGAUGCUCCCUCAACCUCUCAUCAAGAUUACUACACCAAGGGAAGUUUAUUUGAACAGGACAAUUGAAUGGCCAACUCCAUUACCUCUUGUAUUGUUUACCAUCUUUCUGUUGGUAAUUUCACUCAUCUAUCCUCUAGUGAUUAAGGAUCAAGAAACACCGAAGGACCAAAAUAGUGAGUCUGAAUUAAAAAGUUCACCUGCUAAGAAAAAGAAAACACAUAAAUCAGGAAGGAAAAAUAUGUCUUCAGAGAAUGAGAAGGUUCUGACAGAAAAAGAUAAUGAUAGAGAAGUAUGGAAGCACUUCAAUCAUGUUAAUGAAAAUGUUGAUGGACGAAGGAUUGGUAAAUUAUUUGUUUCGAACAAAGAGAUUGCUAAGGGAAGCAAUGGCACCAUUGUGCUUGAGGGUAUAUACGAAGGUCGAGCAGUUGCUAUCAAACGUCUUGUCAAGGCUCACAAUGACAUAGCUUUUAAAGAAAUAGAAAACCUUAUCAUGUCUGAUUGUCAUCCAAAUAUUGUUCGAUGGCAUGGUGUGGAGAAUGAUAACGAUUUUGUUUACCUUGCUUUGGAACGAUGUACAUGCAAUUUAGAUGAUUUGGUUCAAAUUUAUUCAGAUAUAUCAGUAAACUCUACGUUUAGGAAGGACCAAGGUAUUGGAUGUUUGAUUAAGUCCCAAAUGGAUACGUGGAAGGAUAGUACACAGUGUCUUUGGAAGGAAAAUGGCUAUCCAUCUCCUCUAUUACUAAAACUGAUGAGGGACAUUGUUUCCGGGGUCAUUCAUUUGCAUGAAUUAGGAAUAAUACAUCGAGAUAUGAAACCACAAAAUGUUCUAAUAACCAAGGAAAGAUCCUUAUGUGCUAAACUUUCUGAUAUGGGAAUUAGCAAAUGUCUUCUUGAAAAUAUGUCUUCUCUGGGUAAUAAUGCAACUGGUGGUGGCAGUUCAGGUUGGCAAGCACCAGAACAACUUGUUCAAGGACGUCAAACACGGGCAGUAGAUAUAUUCAGUUUAGGUUGCGUCUUCUUUUUCUGCAUUACUCGGGGAAGACAUCCAUUUGGAGAACGUAUUGAACGGGAUAUCAAUAUUUUGAAAAAUCACAUGGACCUUUUCUUAGUGGAGUUCAUUCCUGAAGCCAAAGAUCUUAUUAGUCGUUUACUAAAUCCUUACCCUGAUCUAAGGCCAAAGGCGACUGAAGUGUUGUACCAUCCUUUUUUCUGGAGUUCCGAGAUGCGGCUUUCCUUUUUGCGUGACACCAGUGAUAGGGUGGAAGUAGAAAAUAGAGAGACUAGUUCUGAUCUUUUGGUGACAUUAGAAAGCAUUGCCACAGAUGCCUUGGGUGGAAAAUGGGAUGAAAGGAUGGAACCAGCUUUCAUUGCUAACAUCGGUCAUUAUCGACGGUAUAAUUUCAACAGUGUUCGAGACUUGUUACGAGUUAUGAGAAACAAACUAAAUCAUUACAGAGAAUUGCCUCAAGAAAUCCAGGAACUUGUAGGACCUGUUCCCGAAGGAUUCUAUGAAUACUUUGCAAAUAGAUAUCCAAGACUCUUGAUUGAGGUGUAUAAAGUUAUACUUCAUUAUUGCAAGGAGGAAGAAUGUUUCCAAAGAUAUUUUAGAUGUGUUGAUUAGGGCUUUGGCAUGGGUUCAGCAUGAAGCUGUUUAUGUUGAUAUUUUAUAAAUGUAAUAAUGUGUAUAUACGUGUAUUAGUCCAACCUAAAGUUACUUGUCUCUUAAGUUAAAAGAGUACAAGCUAAUCAAAAUUAUCUUUAAUCUCUAA